AUGGAUGAGGAAAUACCCGAAUUGGUUACGGAGUUGCCUGAGAAUGGAGAGAUCAAGACGGAGAGGUAUAUUGCUGAGAAAUUUGUUCCCUUUUCGCUGACUCCAACGCCGUUGCGGAAUCAAAUACCAGUAACUAUUGUUACGGGGUACCUUGGAUCAGGGAAGUCGACAUUGCUAAAGCAAAUUGGCCUAAAGUCAAAUAAAAGACUAGCCAUUAUACUCAACGAGUUUGGGGACUCUUCUGUAGUUGAGAAAUCUGUCAGAAUUGAGGAUCAAAACAAUAGCAUUGAAGAGUGGUUAGAUAUUGGGAACGGGUGCUUGUGCUGUACGGUAAAGGACAAUGGAGUUGCCGCAAUUGAGAAUCUUAUUGAAAGAUCUAAAGAUAAAAUUGACUAUAUUUUGUUGGAAACCACUGGAAUUGCCGACCCUGGUCCAAUAGCAAACAUGUUUUGGCUAGAUCGAGGAUUGGCAUCGAAUAUUUAUGUUGAUGGAGUGGUGACGGUAGUUGAUGCUGGCAAUAUUGUAAAAAGCUUAGAUGACGUGAAUAGUCAGGAAAAACCUUUGGACAUAACCGCUGCUCAUCUACAAAUUGCAUUGGCGGAUGUAGUAUUGUUGAACAAAUCAGAUAAAGUAAGAGAUCUCGAAACAGUCACUUUAAGGAUCCAGUCAAUCAACCAAACGUGCCCAAUUUACCCAACAAAGUUUGGGGAUAUUGAAACUAGUAAGAUUUUGGAUUUGCAUGCAUUUGACGCUAAUGCCAAACUCGUGGAGAAUAAUGCCAAACUCGUGGAGAAUAAUGCCAAACUCGUGGAGAAUAAUGCCAAACUCGUGGAGAAUAAUGCCAAACUCGUGGAGAAUAAUGCCAAACUCGUGGAGAAUAAUGCCACAUUUCAUGGUGACAAAGUUAUCACGGUGACACUUGAUUUCCCAUUCUUUAAAGAAGUUUCUGAUUUCGACAAGAUGGAAAAGUUUCUUCAAAAGAUAUUAUGGGAAAAUAAAGCCAAUGGGAAACCAAUCGAAAUUCUUAGACUAAAGGGACUUUUGAUCUGUAAAGAUGAUGUUCGAGUGGUUCAAGGUGUACGAGAAACCUACGAAAUUAUAGAGAAUGGCGUUUUACUAGACAAUGUAGAUCAGAACAAGUUAGUACUUAUAGGAAAGGAUUUGAAUCUGGACGAUUUGAAACUAGAAUUGGAACAUUUUAUAUAA